AUGACGUCUUCGCACUUUGACACGCUCCAGUUGCACGCCGGUCAGGAGGUGGACCCUGCCACCAACGCCUUGGCCGUGCCCAUCUACGCCAACAGCUCGUUCGCCUUCAACGACUCGGCACACGGUGCCGACCUCUUCGGUCUGCGCAAGUUCGGUAACAUCUACUCGCGCCUGAUGAACCCCACCAACGACGUUUUUGAGAAGCGUAUCGCCGCGCUCGAGGGCGGUGCAGCUGCGCUCGCCACCUCGUCCGGCCAGGCUGCUCAGGGUAUGGUCGUCAUGGGUCUUGCCGGUGCCGGUGACAACAUUGUCUCCUCCUCCUACCUGUACGGCGGUACCUACAAUGCCUGGGCCAACCUGUUCCCUCGUCUCGGCAUCACCACCAAGUUUGUCAAGUCCGAGUCUCCCGAGGCGUAUGCUGCUGCCAUCGACGCCAAGACCAAGGCGAUCUACAUCGAGUCGAUCGCCAACCCCAAGUACAUUGUGCACGACAUUGCUGCCAUCGCCAAGGUGGCACACGACCACGGCAUCCCCCUGGUUGUCGACAACACGUUCGGUGCCGGUGGAUACCUGGUCCGCCCCAUCGAGCACGGUGCGGAUGUUGUUGUGCACUCGGCCACCAAGUGGAUCGGUGGACACGGUACCACUAUUGGCGGUGUCAUUGUCGACAGCGGCAAGUUUGACUGGAGCAAGAGUGGCAAGUUCCCGCAGUUCACCGAGCCUUCUGCGGGCUACCACGGCCUCAAGUUCUGGGACACGUUCGGCCCCAUCACGUUCGCCAUCUACCUUCGUGUGGUCAUCCUGCGUGACUUGGGUCCGUGCCAGAACCCGUUCGGUUCGUUCUUGCUGCUCCAGGGUCUCGAGACCUUGUCGCUGCGCGUGGGCCGUAUCGUCGAGAACGCGCUGACGCUCGCCCAGUGGCUCGAGGCGCACCCACAGGUGUCGUGGGUGUCCUACCCCGGUCUGAAGAGCCACCCUUCGCACGAGGUGGCCAAGAAGUACUUGCAGCGCGGUUUCGGCGGUGUGCUCUCGUUCGGGAUCAAGGGAGAUGCUGCUACUGGAUCGGCCUUCGUCGACAGCUUGAAGCUGGCUACCAACCUGGCCAACGUCGGUGACGCCAAAACGCUCAUCAUCCACCCUGCCAGCACCACGCACCAGCAGCUGUCGGACGAGGACCAGCUGAGCUCCGGUGUGACCAAGGACUUGAUCCGUGUCAGCGUCGGCUACGAGUGGAUCGAGGACAUCAAGGCCGACUUUGCCCAGGCUUUCGAGAAGACGUCGGGUGUCAAGGGUGGUGUUCCGUCCGGUCAGACUGGCCCUGCUCCGGGUCUCUCUGGAUCGGUGUAA